AUGGAGCUGGAUUUCAUAGCGGGUGGAAGAUGGAGUGUCAAUAAGGAUGCCAAUGUAUUUUUUCUUUUCUUUUACUGGUUUUUGCUCCUUUGCUGUCUGGCUUGUGGGAUGGCGAAGCUUUUCACAUCGCUGUAUCUCCGUGGAAAGAGAAAAAUGUCUGCUUCGUUUCUGUGCGGCAGACUGUGGGUUAAAGGCUGUUUGUCCCAGGGGCAGGGCAGAAAGUUUGCGGUGAAAGGUAGAAACCCGGGAGCUGUAAAACCCUCCUUGGUGGAGGUCUGCUGGAAUCCGCUUCCCAAAGCAGUAGAAAACGUCUUUUCUAAGCAGAGUUUAAUAGAACCUAAUCAUGACUUGGUACGGGGACACGGGUGGCACUGUGGUCUAAACCACAGAGCCUAG